UGACGGUUUUAUUGCUAUUUCGAUCAAUAAUAAUAUAUGAUUUAUUUCACCGCAGGGCAAAACUACCCUGCUACAACUCAGAAGUGCGGGUGUAGUCUUCGAAACCUAGCAACGACAUCUGUUUACCUCCUGCCAUAGAAACAAGUGUUUAUUGUGUGUCAUACAGUUUCGAAUAGAAAAAACCCUAGAAUCCGAGAAAAAUGGCAUCUUUCUUUAACUUUCAACGCGACAUGCAAAACAACACAGAAGAAUUGCAGAGAUUCAUGAUAGAUCUUUCGAACUGGGAAUCGGAGAUGAAGAAGAAAGACAGUCAGCUGAUUGACAAGAAACGAGACAAAAUUGAAAGGAACAAAAUGAGCCGAUACUACCCUCAAGCGGAUGAUUAUGAUGUUGAGUCAAGGGCUACAGUCCAACCUGCCGACAACUUCGAUGCCAAUGCUGAUUGCGAAGCUCUCAAAGCCGCCAUGAAGGGGUUUGGCACUGAUGAACAGGCAAUUAUCGAUAUUUUGGCACACCGUUCAAUAGAACAGCGUUUGGAUAUUGUGGAACAAUACAAAACUCUUUACGGAAAGGAUCUGAUAUCACAACUGAAAAGCGAGCUUGGUGGUCAUUUUGAAGAUGCUAUUGUCGCUCUGAUGACUGCUUUGCCUAAUUUCUACGCCAAUGAAGUUAAUUCUGCUAUCAAAGGUCUGGGGACUGAUGAAGAAGCCCUUGUUGAAGUUUUAACAACUUUAAGUAACUACGGCAUCCGUGCUAUUUCCUCUGCUUACAAAGAAAUGUUUGAUAAUGAAAUGGAAGACGACAUCAAAUCAGACACUUCAGGAAACUUUAAAAAACUACUGGUCUCAUUGUGUACAGCUAACCGAGAUGAAUCGACAGAUGUUGAUCAUGAUACAGUCGUUGCCGAUGCCCAGGCCCUGGUUGAUGCAGGCGAAGGGCAGUGGGGAACUGAAGAAUCAACUUUCAAUUCGAUUCUCGUUCAAAGAUCUUAUAUACAUCUAAAACGCGUGUUCCAAGAGUAUGAGAACAUGACUGGAAACAACAUGGAAGUUGUUAUUAAAUCAGAAACGUCCGGAGCUCUGGAAGACGGUUUUCUCUCUAUCGUAAAAUGUGUAAAGAACAAGAGCAGGUAUUUUGCCGAGCGCCUUGAAGACAGCAUGGCAGGGAUGGGAACGAAAGACAAAACCUUGAUCCGGAUCGUCGUAGGACGCUCUGAAAUUGAUCUGGGUGAGAUUAAGGCUGAAUACCAAAAACUCUAUGAAACUCCCCUUGCAGAACGUAUUGCCAGCGAUUGUGGUGGAGAAUUCAAAAGCCUUUUGGUAGCAAUGAUUGGUGCCUAAGGCUAAGCAACAGACAUUUUGCAGCAACCCAUUAAAACUAUUUCAAAAUUAUUUCAGAUAAGUAUUUACAUUAUUCAAACAUUUAGCAUUCACAGUUCAAUUGUAAGUUUCAAAGAAAAUUUAAAGUCAGCAACUGUUUGUUUGUAACACAUACACACUUUAUAUAAAAUUUUCUUUUAUCUUACUUGCCUAGGGCGAAAGUAUCAUUUGGUUUGCCAAUUAGGUACUGAUAGUGCUUAAUAAGUGAUUGUCGGUGAUAUGAACUGCUUUUUAUAAGAAUUUAAAAAAAAUAUAUGUUUGUCAAAACAAAUUUUUGAGUAUACAUUUUACAAAAAAUAUAUAAUUUGUAUAGUUUAUAUUUAUUUUAAUAGUUAUAUUGUAAUAGCAAAAUAUUUUUAGAUUAGAUUAGGCUGAAAAAAUUCAAUUAAGUUUUCACAUUUAGUUGUGUGUGAUUGCUUAGGAAUUGAUGUUAAAGUUCGAUGUCAACUAAAAAUAAUAAUAAACCCUUUAAUUGUACCAAUUAUUACAAAAUUAAAAAAAAAACUGUCACUUUUUCAUUAUGUUAACUUAUGUUAUCUUAAAUUGCCUGUACAGCAAUAAGGAAUAAGGAAGUAUUUCUUUUAUUUGUGUCAAGGAAUGUUAUCGCUGCAAUUUUGUGUGUCUGUCAUAAAUUUUAUUUUAAGAAGGGUACUAUAUAAUAAAAGUUGUUUAUCUUUA